AUGAUUACACAUCCGCUAUUUAAAACUAUUAUCUACCAACAGAGGAAUUUCUUGUUAAAGUCACUCUGUAGAUGCCAGCCUUUAUCCAACAACUCUACGCCAUUCCACGAUGAGUUAACUCCCACAGAUUUGUCUGAUUUUGGACUAGAUGAUUUUAUGUAUUAUCAAGAAUCACCAGAAGUCAAGCAGUAUAGAGAGCAGAAUCAAGGGGAUUUGUUUCCCUUAAAGAAGCUUAUUGAUGAGUGGUCCCACAAGACAAAAGACAGAGGGAAGAUUAGUUUACAGCUGAUAGCCCUUCUCACAGAGCCUCUAGUAUUGGUAUCCAAAUACACCGAUCCACAUAUCAACUUAGCUCUAGAGGAUUAUAUAUACAAUAAAAUGCCCAAGCCAGUACUGAAAACAGAUUACAACUCCCAAAGAUUGCUUUUCUACACCAACCGACCGUGCGUGGUUAUUGGCAAAAACCAGAAUCCGUGGAAAGAAGUGAAUAUACCCUUGCUAAAAAAUUCGAAAAUACCUUUAAUAAGAAGACGAUCGGGUGGGGGCACAGUUGUUCACGACUUGGGUAAUGUGAAUUUCUCAUUCAUGACUUCAAAAGACGAUUUUGAUCGAUUUGAAUUUGUUGAUCUAGUCACCAAGGCCGUUAACGGUAGUGAUAUGCACAUCGCGACAAAAAUCGAGGUUAAUAAAAGAGGUGACAUUGUUACAAAGAAGAACGGAGAAGAGCUCAAAAUUAGUGGUUCGGCAUACAAGAUAUCCAGGGGCAAAUCUUACCACCACGGAACUAUGCUCUUGAAUCUGGAUUUGAAAACAUUAAAGCAAUUGUUAAGUCGAGAAGAAUUUAUCUUUGGAAAGAUUGAUUCCAAGAGCUCCAUAGACUCAGUCAGGUCAAAAGUGACCAAUUUGGGUAUAUCGAGUACUGGUUUUAUCAAUAGCGUUGCUAGUAAAUUCAAUGAAAAAUAUGCUCUUGCUGGGCUAAAAGAGCAAAUAAACGAGCCAAAUUUGUAUUCAGAGAAUAAGAAUAAGAAUCUCGAGAUAAACAUGGAUGCAGACAAAGAAUUCAACGAAAUGAUGGGGUUGACACCGUUUACAGAAGUUGAUCACCCACCUUUCCCCAAAAUUAUCGAAAUUGAGGAAGAAAUAUUCGAGUUACCAAAAGAGGUCUUCGAUACCGCAAAAGAGCUUAAACAAUGGGAGUGGAUAUAUGGACACACUCCUCCAUUCACGCACACUAUGAAUAAUUCAGAUCUUGGCUUGCAGUUGGAAUUCACUGUAGAGAAAGGAAAAGUGACGGAAAUGGAAUGGAGGUUCAUCAAGAGCAGUAGUGGUCAAGAUCAAGACCAGGAUAAAAAACAAUUGGAGCAUAUAAUGCAAGCAGCGAAGGAAAAACUCCUAUCAAGUAAUUACAGAGGAGAUGUUAUAAAAGAAGCUUUUACUGGCACAAAUCAAGGUGAAGAAGUCGGAUCAUGGUUGUUUAAAAUAAUAGGCUAA